AUGUUACUCGUGGAUGAAUUGAAAGAGGUGUGUAAUCAAAAAUCUCAUUACAUAAAUAAACUGAAGGAGGAACAUGAUAUUUUCCUCGAAGAAGCUCUGAAUAUGGAGCGAGAAUUACUGGACACAAUAAACGAAAAAAAUCAGUUUAUCUCAACACUACAAAAUGAGAAAAAAACGUCACAAAGGGAACUGAAACUGAAUAAACAAUCAACUACCCAUACAGAUGCGCAAGAAAAUGAUACACUGAUGGUGGAGAACUCGAAUUAUGAAGAUAGAAAUUCAACUAGUCUAUUUGAAGAAAUGGAAGUAGCCAAUAACACUACUGAAGCUAACGAAAGGAAUGAUGCAUCGACACAUUUUGAAGACGUGGACAACAUCUAUCAAAUUAAUACAACUAGAGAGAGAAACUUGAUCUAUGAAACGGAAGCAGCCAAUAUUACUUCUGAAGCUAAUGAACGAGAUAAUAGUAUUGAAGAAGAGGAUAACACCAACCAAAAUCUAACAAAAUCACACAGAAAAAUGUAUAUUUGUGGCGACCAAUAUGCUGUUGGAUUCCCAAGAGCUGUCACAAAAAUAAUUGACCAGUCUAAAUAUAAAAUUAAUUCUAAUAUAAGGCCGAAUGUGGAACUUUAUGAAGAAAAUGCAGGAGCUGAGGCUGAUUCAGAUGUAGAAGACCAGUUGAAAGCCUUGGAUACAGAAUCAGCUAGUAGUAGUGUUAGAAAUACUUCAUCUCCUGCACCAUCGACAAUCAGUAUCUUCACCAAUUCUCCGGUUACUGCGGAUUAUGAUUUGGAUAGAACCCUAGCAGAUGAAACACUGGCUGAAGCAGUUCCGGGUUCUCAAGCGUGCGGUUAUACUGAUCACAAGUCUUUCAUCAGAUAUUCCCAAUAA